AUGCCGAGUUCAAGCUCUUGUAGGUCUUUUAAUGAUGAAACUAGAUUUCUUGGAGGACCAAAUAAAUCCAUCAAAUAUGCCUCGAGCACCGGAGCGGAUCCCAGAAGAUUGAGUCCGGUACCCCCUGUUCAUGCCGAGGCUACCACCCGUGCCCAAAUCCACUGGUCCAAGCCUGCCAAUUCACCUCCUGAUGCCCAAGAGAGGAAGGAGCAGAAGCUUUCUGAGAAGCAAAUCAAGAAUAGAAUGCCUGCUCCAUUACCGGAAUCUCGAAUCUACACUCAAUUGCUUGAAUUUGAGGCCCGAAUAGAUGCAGCAGUGGUGAGGAAGGCGAAAGCCAUCCAUGAAGUUAUAUAUGGUAAUCCUUCCAUGAAGAGGAUCCUUAGGAUCUAUAUCUUCAACACCUUUUCCAAUCAGGCUCGCAGGACCGCAGAGCCUGAGAAUGCUGAACCGCCCUCUUGGUCACUCAAGAUCACUGGAAGGAUUGUGGAAGAUGAGAUCAAAUCAGACCCUGUAAAAGGAUCCUGGAAGCCCAAGACUUUGGACCCCAAAUUCUCUACUUUCUUCAAGAGGGUUGUUGUCCAAUUGGACGAACAUUUGUACCCUGAUGACCCAGUGAUUGUUUGGGAGAGUUCACGGUCUGCAGCACCAGUUGAAGGCUUUGAGAUUAAGAGAAAGGGGGACAAGGAGUUCACAGCUCGAAUACUACUCGAGAUGAAUGAUAUGCCUGAGGAGUUUAGGUUGUCACCUGCACUGAAGAAGGUCCUUGGCAUUGAGUUUAAUACACGAGCUGCAAUUAUAGCUAGAUUGUUCAACUAUGUCAAGAGAAAAAGAUUGCGGAAUCGUAGUGAUCCUACUGAGUUUGUUUGUGAUGCUCCAUUAAAGAGAGUGUUUGGAAAAAAUAUAAUGAAGUUUGCCGCGAUGUCAAUGAAGAUUUCUCAACAUUUGUCAGAUAUGCCACCCAUAAUAAUACGCCACGACGUUAGGCUUUCAGGGAUUGCUCCAGGGAUCGGCACUUGCUAUGAUGUUCUGGUCAAUGUUCCUCGUCCAAAAAACAAAGAGGUCCAAAUCAACUUGUAUGCAAACCAAGAGAAAAAGAUGGAGUUAUGGGAUAAAAUGAUAAAUACCUGUCUUAAGAAUCUCCAUGAGACAUAUAAGAGGAGGGCCUUUUUUCUUAGGUUCAGUCAGUCUCCAGAAGAGUUCAUAAAUGAUAUGAUUGCUUCUCAGAAUGGGGACUUCAAUUUCAUUGGGGGGAAAGCAACUCACAAGCGCCUCACUGACCACUACAGCCCACCAUGGGAAGAAGAAGCGGUCAUCCGAUACUUGGACCAAAAAUUGGCUUUAGAAAAUGAUACCCCAGCUAUUAUAGCCGACGAUGAGUUGAAGAGUAUUGCACAAGCAAUCAAGUGUCCUUAUUGGCAGGAGGCAAUGGCUAAAGAGAUUCCAGCUCUAGAAUAG